CUCUGUGCCUGUGCUUUCUUCCGUGGACCAGUGACAACGAGAAGGAAAGGAUUGUUGGUUGGGUCGCUUGUGUGUGGCUGUUCGCGGGAAAAAUCGUGGGGAUUUGAUGCGACGAGAUGGGCAGCGAGGCGGACGCGGAGACCACGGCUACCAACGCCGUGGAUUCGGAUGGAUCCGUUAGCUGGGAGGACUUUUUCGGAACGAGCACGGACUUGAUGCCCCAGCUGUUGGGAAUGUUCGACGAGCUAGCUCGUCGAGGCAAUGGCUACACCGAUCACGUGGUUCUUCCGUCUUCCUGCAACAUACCAGCGGUGCUGCAGAAGCGUCUGAGCCUGGUAUCCCAUCGAGGCUCCAUAUUCGGCCAGUUCCAUCCCGAAUUGAGCAAAUCUCAGCCGGAGGACAACAUGGCUGACCACUCAGCCCAGGAAAAUACUGUGAACAUAGUCGUAGCUGAUGACAUUACAGCUGAGAAGGAGAAUGACACGUCGCAGACGCUGGAGAAUAGCCAACAGGAUGAUAGAAACGAAUGUACGAUAGAGGAGAAGACUUACAGACGCGAAAGCAAUGGCCUGACGCCGCUUAGGUACAAUAGGCGAUGCAGAAAUGCUGGCAGACCGCUGUCUGGAAGCUCGGUCGCGUCCAGCACCUCCUCCAGCGGAUGUAGCAACCAGGGGAACGUGUGCACCAUCAAUCCUUAUUUGGCGUCAGUUGAGUCGCUGGCAGACACUUGCGCCAGCUCACAAGGUUCUGGGGAUAGUGGAGUAGUGACUGUGUUAGAGACCAACUAUCGAAUAGGAGACGAUGGAAGUGACCGAAGAAGAAAUAGUGCAGAGGAGGAUGAUCCAUUGUCCCAUAGGCCGCGUUAUUGCGAUCCGCAUAGAAAUCCUAUGGAAAGGGUGCUUCUUGAAAUAGUCGACACCGAAGCAAUGUACGUGGAACAUCUGCGACAAGUCAUCCAGGGUUACCUUAUAUUUUGGAGAAACGAUCCGGCAUCGUUUGUGCAUCAAAUGCAGCUGAGUGACUUAUUUAGUAAUAUUGAGGAUAUUUUUAAGUUCAAUAGAGAGUUCCUGAAAGAAAUAGAGAAAUGUGGCCUGGAUCCAGUCUGUGUGGCAAAUACAUUCAUAAAGCACAACUCAGGAUUUAAAGUAUACACAGAGUACUGUACCAAUUAUCCAAGGACAGUUUCCUGUCUAACUGACUUAAUGAGUCAAGAAGAAACUGCUCAUGCCUUCCGAGAAAGGCAAGUAGCCUUAGGUCACGCGUUACCUCUUGGAUCCUUUCUUCUGAAACCAGUCCAGAGGAUCCUCAAGUAUCACUUACUUCUAGAGAACUUGUCAAAAGAAUAUGCAGCGGACUGUGAAGUAAGAGAAAAUAAGACUGAAGGGAGUGAGGCGAUCGAAGCGGCGCUAGCCGCCAUGACUGGAAUUGCAAAGCACAUAAACGCAAUGAAACGAAGGCACGAGCACGCAGUGCGUGUUCAAGAGAUCCAAUCCCUUUUAUACGGUUGGCCUGGUCCAGAUUUAACCACCAGUGGCGAGCUGGUGGCAGAAGGAAGAUUCAGAAUGCGGGGUGCAAAAGCUCCUAGGCAUGCUUUCUUAUUCGACCGCAUGCUUCUGCUCACUAAAAAGAAGGAGGAUGGGCUUCUAGUCUAUAAAGCUCACAUCAUGUGUUCGAAUUUAAUGCUCAUUGAGAGCAUACCAGGCGAACCAUUUAGUUUCCAUGUAAUUCCAUUCGACAAUCGAAGAUUACAGUAUACUUUACAGGCACGAAAUUUGGAACAAAAAAGAGAAUGGACGUUGCAAAUAAAGCGGGUAAUGUUGGAGAACUGUAAGGCGGUUAUACCUUCGCAUGCAAGACAAUUGGUUUUGCAACUUGGCCAAACACAACCAGAAGAUGACGCUUUGGCAGAUAGAGGAUCGAUAAAAAAACAAUACUCUGCACCCCCAGAAUACUUAGACAAACGAAAACAGGAAAAGGAAAAACGAAGAUCAGAAACAGGACUUAGGCAAAAAUUUAAGAAAGGUGGCAGAAAGUCUGAGACUACAACUGAGGAUUCUCCAGCAUCGCCACGGAAAAAUCAAAACGAGGAUUCUAGCAUCAACGAUUCCAGGGAACAAGGGUUUAAAACUUCAGAUGGUCGCGGGUCAAAAGUCAAAGAUCACUUUACCGGUUGGAGAAGGAAAUCGGAGCCAGGUUUCCAGUCUUACGUGUGCCUUAACCAGUCUGACGAAGAGCAGAAAGAAGACACAGGUGAUACUGGAUCACCCACGGUUGAAACCGAAUGCGCGAUUAUUGAGAAUGAUAAACACACAAACUCACCACCGCCUGAAACCAAAGAGAACAAUGAACAACAAAGUCAAGCGCAAACAGUCGAGGAAAUAGUUGGCCAUAUUCUUAUGCAGAAUCAAGAAUUCCAAAAAUUGCUUGAGAAACAACGAACAAACAGUAUACUCAACGUUAGACAACAGCAACGUUUCAAUAAGCAUAUUUCUGCUGAUACAUCUGAUGAUAGUGACUUAGAAAACACGAAUUAUAUAGCAGACAACUCGGUCAAUAAUAGGAUAUCGCGGAUUAGGACGGGACAUCGAGAACGAUUCGUUAAAACGAAUAAUACUUGGAACUCAUUAUCUUCUUCUCGCGACCAUCAACCUACUCUUCAACUAUUAUACGAUAAUUUAAACAAAAUUGAAAAUAAUAAAUCAGUAGAUAGUAAUUCGAAAAAUAAGGUUAACCUUGUACAGGAGAAAAAAGCGUUGUUCGAGGCAUUUAAGAGACAGAGUAUUGUGACGGAGAGUAAGGUUAUUAAGACUGCACUUAGAAUAAGGGAAAACUCAACGUCGAGAAACGAAGAAGCAACAACUCAACCACAAAUUUCAACGGAAACCGAAGGUCAAAUAGUAGAAAACGAUAAAGGGACAACUCAGAAUGGUGAAUGUACAAAUGUAGCUAAGCAGGGAAUUACAGAACCUAAUAAAGGUUUUGGAAAUUAUGACAAUCUACAACACGUAUGGGAAGGUCUACAAGAAGAAAAGGACUUAGAUGGGAAUGAUAGUCCGACUCGCCCAGCAGUCUGGUUAACGAAACUGUGCGAAGGGUUACCAACGUCGCCACAAAAAUGUGGUUCUCUCCCACGAAGCUUUCAAAUCCAUCCUAACUCGACUCAAAACGUUACAAAAUCACGGUUUUUGCAGAGAGACGGCAAACCUAUGAGCGAGAGACCAUUUACAAUAGCUUCGGACAAACCUGCAGAGAUUAACUUAGAAGAUAUGGAGAGGUAUGCUUCUACAUGCCAACCGGAAGGAAGAAUUGCCAAGUUCCCGACUUCCGUUUCACUUCAACUUCAACGUCAACGUUCUUUUGUUCUUUGGACGACACAUUAACAGAUGACUAUUCGGAAGUCCAUAUGUCGUCGACAAACACGAAUAUACAUCCUGAUCAUAAAAUCUACAGAGCA